AUGACCAGCAAGAACGAACACGAUCUAGGUUCCUUGAAGAACUUGAACCCUUCUAACCCUAUCACCAACCAUAGUGCCAUGUCAAACUCAAAGUCGGGCGUCGUAAUACCAGACACUCCUCGUAGCCUUAGAUCAUUUGGAGGCGAUGCUGGAUUGGUGGAUCUACGCCCCACGAUUGCCAAAGAAAUGGACGGCGAAAUUGUGGAGUGCUCCGUUGAAGACUUCAUAACUACUUACCUUCCUUUCGCGCCAAAUGAAGAGCAGACCCAGCGUCUUGUGCAACAGCUUCUUCAGGAACAACCUCCAGCAGGAGGAAAGGUGGCAACUCGCAGUACUAAGGCUCCUAGGCCCUCGAUUUUAGUGGGCAACAAGGAUCAGUAUACCUUCCGUUCAUACCCUAAUGAGAAGGGAGAUGUCAAGCUAUCCUCACACGGCUCUGAGAAUGUAGCAUUCCGUGGAUGGUCAGCUAUUGCUGAGGCCAUCGCAGCCGCGGCGCCAGCCAUAGGACGCCAGGUCACCCAAUUCAAGUACCACGAUAUCCCGAACAAAAGGAUUGCUUCGGACAUCUUGGGUUCUAAUAACAGGAUUGAUGCAGGAUUCAUUCGUAAUUUUGCGGGUACCUCAUCUGAGCCCAGGACCACAGACAUAGCCGUCGUCGUAGAGUUCAAACUCGCCACCAAUUUGAAACAAGCUAAUGCUCGGCAGGCUGUUUCGGCAAACGUUCAAAUUAUGAACGACGAUGAACCGCAUCUCUUAAUCAAAGUGCUCGCCGCUUUCACCUUUGCCACCGAAGAACAACUUGGUUACGACCCUCUGAUUACUAGAGAGCAAGAUGGUCGUUAUACCUUCAACCUGCCUGAUCCUACCUCAUCUGGUCCUCUUCAACAGUUCAGAACUAUUGGAACCCUCUCCGAAUAUCGUACGAACAACAUCACCGGUCGCAUGGCUCGUGUAUACACAGUCAACAAACUGGACCCCGAAGGGAAACCUGUCGGAGAACCUCUCGUUCUCAAGGACGUUUGGCUGGAUGAAUCAGCCCAAACUGAGUGGGAAAUUCAAAAAGAAAUAUUCAAAGAUAUCGAAAAAUUUUGGGCCAGCUCGACGGAUAUACAGGGGAUGAAAGAACUUCACGACACCCACAAGCGUCUUGUUACCAGCGGAGAAUACAAGAAAUACUUUCUCGAAAUUGUCCUCGAUCAUGUUGGUACCGUCACUACGAGCCGUCCGGCAGCAUCAACCCCUAAACCAGGGCUACUCUUCAGCUCCACAAUGAAAACGCAUAAUCCGAACAUUUCCAGCACCAACAACGUUACGCCUCAGGGUACCGGCACCAGCUCUACCAGCGUUUUUUCCGGGACGCGAAAUACAAACGCUGGAACUCAUCCCAUAGAAUUUGACAAUGUCACUCCAGUUCCCGUUGCGGAGCGCCCUUUCAAGCCUAAAAAGCGUUAUCAAGUGGUGUUCAAAGAUGUUUGCCUAACCGUGGGGCAACUUACAACCCUUGGUGAAGUUGUGCGUGUGCUGCGCCAGACCCUCAUUCCUCUUCAUCUGCUGCUAUGUGCCGGAUGGGUACACCGCGACAUCAGUUCGGGAAACAUUAUGGCACAUAGGGCGGAUUUAAAGGCUGCCAAACAGCCCUGGCAGGCCAAACUGGCCGAUCUCGAAUACGCGAAGAAGUUUCCUUCGCUAAACGAUCGUGAAGCUGGUGAUCCAAAGACGGGGACCCCAUAUUUUAUGCCACUUGAAAUUAUGCUCAAGCACUACCUUUUCGAUCCGAGGACACAGGAACAUAGGGAUGCUGUGGCAAGGGGAGACAAGCCUAAACCAUCCAAAGACAAGGUUCGAGACAAGAAAAAGCAGAAGGGGGACGUUUCUUCACAGCCGGAUCCAACCAGACAUGUAAUUCACAAUUUCCAACACGAUCUCGAGUCUCUUUGGUGGAUUCUCCUUUGGACUGUUACUUGCCGCAUCGAUUCUGAAGCUGCUUUCGCUUAUGGGAGGCCAAUCUUUGUUAAUCAAAUCAUUCCAACCCACGAACGACGAAAAUGCUUCAAAGCCAAAAGUAUUGUGAAGGAGCUAGAGCGGUUCUUGCCACUACCCAAAACAGAGGACGACGACACCCUCGCAGAGAUGAUCGACAAUCUCAGAGACUUCAUGAAUGACGCAUACGUUGCACGCAUCUCCGAAGGCAAUGAAGACAAACCCGAGCAUUACGUUGAAAUAUUCGACAACUUCACCUUUUGCUUCAAUGUCAUAGAGAACACUGCGUCUGAUUGGGCCGAUAUACCUUUGAUUGUACGUACAGCGACCCAAGCUCAACCAGAAUCCGUGGUUCCGGGACGACGCAAACGCACACGCGAGGAAGAAAGCAUCGAUGCGCGUCAGGUUGACGGGGAUGAGAGAUCUGAGGCAAAGCUGCCAAAAACGGAGGAAUCUGAUGAAGAAGAAUAA